AACUUAUUCGACCGUUGGAAAAUAAUAAACAUUCCUUUUUUGAAAACCCAGAGUCUUUUUUUCUUCACCCGUUAACCUCUCUUCUCUACACACACUGCAAAAUCAUAACGAAAUCAACAAUAACCAGUAACAUUGUUCGUUUGCGAGAGAGUAACAGCGACGAAAAUGGUGGAAAGUGAUGAACAAAAACGAAGCCCCGUGAUCCGAAAGAAAACAGCGACGAAUAGCCAAAACAUGGCUUCACUUAUUAGUCCGAGAUUCAAAUCUGCUGCUGCUAUGGCUGGUUGGGAUGAAGAAGCGCUGUUACUUGCAACCCUAAUUGUUGAAGAUACCCCUGAUCGAGAUCGAAAUUCUAAACAGAAGAGACGUUUUGUUUUGAAUUCGAAAUCUCCGCUCUCCAAUUCAUCAAGGAAACGCAGAGCUAGGAAUCCACCCCAACCAAUUGUUCUGGAUCUUGAUGAAGGAGAAACCCCCAAGAAAGAUAGUGGGAAAAAGAAGAAAGAAAAGAAAAAUUGUGUUAAUGAAGGAAGUAAAGUAGGAGAAAAGGAAUUGACUCAGAAGGGAUCUGAUGUCAAUUCUACUGAUUCUUCUUCUGCUGCUCUUCCUUGUAUGGAUAAGCUAAGAGAAGAGCUUUCAUGUGCUAUUUGUUUAGAGAUAUGCUUUGAGCCAAGUACCACUCCUUGUGGUCACAGCUUUUGUAGAAAAUGUCUGAGAUCUGCUGCAGACAAGUGUGGCAAAAAGUGUCCUAAAUGCAGACAAUUGAUAAGCAAUGGUCGAUCGUGCACUGUGAACACGGUUCUGUGGAACACAAUUCAGCUCCUAUUUCCUCAAGAAAUUGAAGCUAGGAAAGUUGCUGCUAGCACCUUAAAUAUUAGAGCAGCAGCAGCUCAGAAUCCAAUUCCAGAAACAGCAUUUUACAAUAACCGAAGGAAUAGAAGCAUUCAGCCGUAUCCAUCAAGUAGGGGUAUGAAUUCUAGGAGAAACGAGCAAAUAAUACUGGAUGAUGACGAGGAUGCUGAAUUGGCUAGAAGGUUACAGAGAGAACUUGAUGGACAAAAUAACAAUCAUAGAACAUCGACAACAACGAGGAUUCAUGGUGGUAAUUCAAGGAAUCAAACCUCCUCAUCAUCAAUAAGUGUAAGAGGGAGGACAAGAAGAGGGGUUUCAGGCCAAGAUGAAGAUGCUGCAUUUGCUCUAAGGUUGCAAAGAGAGGAGUUUAUGCAAGCUUUUACGAAUAGAAGCCAGGAACAGUCAUCUUCCUCCAAUUUAUUAGCUAGAGCAAAUUUGAGGGCUAUGGCAACUAGAGCGAUGGAUCACCGUAUUAGAGAUCGAAGGAUGUAAUAAUAAUGACAACAAGGGAAAAUGUAACAUUAAAUAGUAUAAGCAGCUGUGUUUGACUGCUGUGUGAGAUCAUACAGAACAUCAACAAGUAUUCUUUUUAAUAUAUUUUUGUAUGAGACUGAUCAGCCCAAUAACUUAACCAUUGUAUGGUAAGAAUGUAGCAACUAAAAACGCGUUAUGUUGACAUGUUGAAUGUCCUAGUCAUGAAAUCUAUGUGAUUAAAAACUGAAACUACAUGACCGAUGUUUAAUUGGAA